AUGUAUGAUAUUGGAAUUAUUCAACCUAUUGGACGAUUUCCAAAACUUGCUUAUUGUUAUUUAGAUAUAAUAAAUGAUAAUGAUUGUUGUUUUUUAACACCAUCAAUUAUUUCUUCAUCUUUAAAAAACUCAUCUAUUCCAUAUUUGGAUUGCACUUUAAAUCAAUUAAUAUAUUUAAUUAAAUAUAUACCUAAUCUUCAAUCACUCAACAUACGUAUCGUUGAUCAUUCGACUAUUCUACAAAUACCAACAAUUAUAUUUUUAUCAAUUAAAAAUUUGAAAGUUUUUUUUUUCGGUACUUUACAUUCAAUGAAAAAUCUUCUACGAACAAUGUCAAAUUUAGAAAAAUUGAAAAUUGAAAUAGAAUCAACUUAUAUUGAUGGAUACCAAUGGGAAACUAUGAUUGAAAAUUAUUUACUAAAUUUAAUUAUGUUUCAAUUCAAAAUGUCAACUUCAUUAUCAUCUAAUCAACAAAAUGAAGAACAAAAAAUUGAUGAAAUAUUAAAUUCAUUUCGUAGUCACUUUUGGAUUGAAAAACAUCAAUGGUUUGUUCAAUGUUAUUGGAUAUUAGCUGAUACAUCAUCAAUCAUUCAUGUAUAUACACUACCAUAUGCAUUUUCGGAUUUUCUUUUACAUCGGUAA